AGAAGAAAAAUACACAUACGUUUGUCAUUCAAUUAAAAAUCUCCGAAGGUUUAAGUUCAGUUUUCAAAUCGUUCAACAAACAAAUAAUUUAAAAUGUUAUUAAGAAAUAUACUUAAACACAAAGUGAUAUUAAAUUUUAACUAUUACAGAUGCUGUAGUAAAUUCGCCUAUACACACCAGCCUGGAAAAGAACCUUUACAAUAUAAAAAUUUGGGGCAACAUAUAGAAAGAGCUGUUGAAAAAUAUGGACCACAAAUAGCAAUAAAAUCUAGCUACGAAGAAAAGCAUUUAAGUUUUGAAGAAUCGUAUAAAGAGGCCAUUAAUUUAGCGGCAAAGCUUCGAGAAAUGGGUUUAAAUCAAGGGGAUCAUUUGGGAAUUUGGGCUCCCAACACCAUACAAUGGUAUAUAACCUUUUUGGCUUCUGCCAUUGGAGGUUUUCCUUUGGUAUGUAUUAAUCCUGCAUUACAAGUUCCCGAACUGGAAUAUGCUUUGAAGAAGGCAAAAGUCAAGUGUUUAAUAACAAUGGAUUCCUAUGGUAAAUUAGAUUUUCAAAACAAAUUGAAACAAUUGUACUUAGCAGAGAGCACUAAGCAAAGUCCACUUUCAAUUAUCAUAAAAAGUGAUAAGAGUGAUGAAAAUUUCAUAAAUUAUGAUGAUAUACUAGAAAAGAAGUCUGACCUACAAAAUAUAGACGCUCUGAAGAUAGAGAUGCCUCAGAUAUCGCCUAAAAUUCCGUGUGUUAUACAAUUCACAUCGGGCACAACGGGUCAGCCUAAAGCCGCUUUACUUUCUCAUUACAAUAUGGUUAACCAGGCAUUUUAUAUGGGAAGAGCUUUAAGAUUGCACCCAGAAGGCAAAUCAUUAUGCCUUACUGUACCAAUGUUCCAUGCUUUUGGUUUAAGCAUAUUAGCAAGUUGUCUUUACUAUGGCAGUACUGUAUGUCUGCCAAGUCCAACAUUUAAUGCAGUAUCCGCCCUGGAAUCCAUAGAACGUGAUAAGUGCAAUGUAGUAGUUGGCACACCCACCAUGUUUGUUGAUAUGCUGGAUAAUCAGUCUAGACUUCAAAAAUCGGUUGAUAGUUUAGAAGCUGCAUUUGUAGGCGGUUCGGCCUGUAGUCCAGAAGUUGCCAUACAAUCUAAAAAAGUAUUUCAGCUACGCGAUAUGGUGAUAGGAUAUGGCUUGUCAGAGGGCACAGCGGCUGUUUUUGCCCAAGAUGGCUCUGAAACCCUAGAAAGUUCUCUACAUUCUGUAGGGAAAAUAUUCGGCCAUGGUGAAGCAAAAAUCAUAGACGACAAAGGAAAUACCUUGAAUUUUGGAGAAGUGGGAGAGCUUUGUAUUCGUGGUUGGUUUAACAUGUUAGGUUACUUUGAAGACGAGGAAAAUACUCGUAAAACUAAGGAUGUAAAUGGCUGGCUAAAGACUGGCGAUCAAUUUUUAUUAGAAUCUAAUGGUGUGGCGCGGUAUCAGGGUCGCAAAAAGGAUGUAAUUAUAAGAGGAGGAGAGAAUGUAUUUCCUAAAGAGGUAGAAGACUUCAUAAAUCAACACGACAGUGUUCUAGAAUCUCAUGUUAUUGGUGUGCCGGAUCAUCGUUUGGGUGAAGAAAUCUGUGUUUAUAUGCGCUUGAAGAAAGGUGCUAAACCUUUGACUGUUGAAGAUAUUAAGUUAUUCUGUAAGGGCAAAUUGGCUUAUUUCAAAGUACCUAAAUAUGUGAGAAUAGUGGAUGAUUUUCCCAAAACCACUUCAGGAAAAAUACAAAAGUUUAAAUUACAGGAACUGUUUAAAAGUGAAAAAUGAAUCCCGAGUUAUUAUAAACCAUAAACUUGGCAAAGAAAAAUGAACAGAAAUAAUUUAACGAAAAUUCUUAAACGGUAUUUUUGGUUUAUCAUUGUUUACUAAACAAUAAAAGAAUAAAGUAAUUAUGUGAACAAGUUUAUAUCACGUAGUACUAUUUAAGUACAAUAAUGUAUAGUAUACACUUAAGAACGAUAUACACGAUAUUUAAUACAAAUAAUAUAUUCAUUCAUUAUCUAAAAAUAAAAUUAUUUAAUAAGUA